CCGCCGCAUCAAGGACACCGGCUUCCCGCGGCCCGGGGGCGAGCCAUGCGCCGCGGUCGGUAAUGUCAGCGGAACAGGACAAGGAGCCCAUCGCGCUGAAGAGAGUUAGAGGUGGUGACAGUGGACUGGAUGGGUUAGGAGGGACCAAUAUACAACUAGGAAGCCCAGAUAAGAAAAAACGAAAGGCCAGCACACAGGGACCUUCCUUUCCUCCGUUGUCUGAGUAUGCACCACCGCCAAACCCAAACUCUGACCAUCUAGUGGCCGCCAACCCCUUCGAUGACAGCUACAGCACCAUUUCCUAUAAACCAUUGCCUUCAUCCAAUCCAUAUCUUAGCCCUGGGUAUCCUGGCUUUGGAGGCUACAGCACGUUCAGAAUGCCACCCCACAUCCCUCCAAGAAUGUCAUCUCCCUACUGUGGUCCUUACUCACUCAGGAAUCAGGCGCACCCAUUUCCUCAGAAUCCUUUGGGCAUGGGCUUUAACCGGCCUCAUGCUUUUAACUUUGGGCCACACGAUAAUUCGAAUUUUGGAAAUCCACCUUAUAAUAACGUACUGACUCAGGACAUUAACAUGCCUGGUCAGCAUUUUAGACAAGGCUCUUCUGAAAACUUUAGUCAGAUUCCCCCGCAGAAUGUUGGCCAAGUAUCUAACCCUGACCUGGCAUCUAAUUUUGCCCCUGGAAGUAAUUCAAAUUUUACCUCUCCAUUAGAAUCGAAUCAUUCGUUUAUUCCACCCCCAAACGCGUUUGGUCAAGCAAAAGCUCCACUUUCCAAACAAGACUUUACUCAAGGGGCAACUAAAACCACAAAUCAGAAUUCUUCCACUCACCCACCUCACUUAAAUAUGGAGGAUCCAGUCAAUCAGAGUAACGUCGAGUUAAAAAAUGUCAACAGAAAUAACGUUGUCCAAGAGAACAGCCGUUCGGACAGCGCAGAGGCCACCAACAACCAGGCGAAUGGGACCCAGAACAAGCCCCGGCAGCCCAGGGGCGGGGCUGAUGUGUGCACCACCGACAAAAGCCGGAAGUUCUCCCUGCACCCUGGUCGGCAUGGCCAUUCAUCUUCUGACCCCGUGUACCCGUGUGGGAUUUGUACAAAUGAAGUGAAUGAUGAUCAGGACGCCAUUCUGUGUGAGGCUUCUUGUCAGAAGUGGUUUCAUCGCAUCUGCACUGGAAUGACCGAAACAGCCUAUGGGCUCCUGACAGCUGAAGCAUCCGCAGUGUGGGGCUGUGACACGUGCAUGGCUGACAAGGAUGUCCAGCUGAUGCGCACUAGAGAGGCUUUUGGUCCACCUGCCGUGAGCGGCGAUGCCUAAGCACCGCCAUCAGCUAACUGGGUUCAUUUUUCUGUGUAGAACAGAGAUUUGGUGACAUAGGAUUUUAAUGUUUGACAUUAUUUUUUUUAAUGCACACACAAAAAUAUUACAUUUUACUUCUUACUAACACAAUGCUUCAUUUUAUUGUUUUUACUUGUUGUCUUAAAAUAUGAUUAA